AUGGCUUACACUGAAGAAUACAUGGCCCUACGUAUUAUCGUUUGCCUUGCUGGCUUUUACUCAUGGAACCCGGCAGUGGGAAGCAGCUGUUCAUAUCUGGAUGUGGGUGACUACGUAUGUGUUGAUAUUCUCGGUUAUACGAUCACUACCACCAGCACUACCUCAGGUGGCAUCUCCACUCCUUCUCCAAUUCAGAGUGGGAUGGUAUGUGACUGCGAUAAGUUUCAUCUCGUUCAACCGGGAGAUACCUGUUCUGCUGUAGCUUCUACAGCCGGAAUUUCACUAGAUGAUUUCUACGCUUGGAAUCCAGCUGUUGGGACAUCUUGCGCAUAUUUGGAUAUGGGCGACUAUGUUUGUGUCGAUAUCCCGGGAGUCACACCCACAGCUACAGCUAGCUAG